AUGUUUGAGAUAAGCGGGAGUAUCCGAGAAGACGUGGAGGUGGCGCUGCACGAGCACCGCUUUGUCGUGACCAAGCUGCUCGAGUCACUGCACACGGCGUCUCUCCCUCCGUCUACUAUUACAGCAACAAGACUACGUACAGUGAACGGGAUUUUUCACAAAGUGUUGGAAAAAGACCGCGGUCUACUGGCGGCAGUGAAAAAGUUGGCGCGACAUCAAGUGGCACAGACGGAGCUCUUGCGUGUGAAUGCAGCGAUUGAGGACAAGAAGCAGAAAAUCGUGCGCUAUGCAGUGCAGCUACGUCGCUCUCAAGAAGCCAUUGCCAAUGUGCUGAAAAAACAUCGAGUUGUGUUGCAGAAUGCCAAGCAGAAGGCAAAAGAAAUGCUGGAUUCUCGCGAUGUAGUAGCGUAUGCGCAUCGUAUCGCCGGCACGACGUCGGCACCAGAAGAGUGGCAGCCCGGUUUUCCAAUGUUUGGCUUUAUGCCUCCCGCACCCCAGGAGCACAUGAUGCGUGCGGGUGUACUUAGUCGAGGCAUUAUCGCUGAGAUUGUCACGCAGGGUCCAGAAAAGUACACAUCCACUACAGCACGCGUAAAACAAACGGACGACGGUAGCGAAGGUAUCGAGAAGCUCGAUAUACCGAUUGGAUUGGGAGCGAGCGAUGCAGAGAUCCGCAAGCAGAUGCCUCCAGGAUGGAAACCGGGUGACCCAGUGGACCUACCACUUGAUGCGUUGUUGCACUACAUGGGUCGGAGUUUCUUCACAGAACACGGUAUUACACUACCAGAGUCAUGGAAAACUGGGGAUGCGCUUCCUCCGGAUGCCACCGAGAUUCUGCGCAAGAAGUUCAAGCUGCCGGAAAAGCGGGCGGCUCUGUACGACGACGAAGUGGUGGACGACAUCGAAACGUUGCGCAAGAAGCGCAAACUAGAGGAAGUUGAAAAGGAUGACGAAGAUGAUGCUGAGAGCGAAAGCUCGAGCAGCUCAAGCGACAGUGAUGAAGAGGCCCCGAACACAAUCUCGCUUAGCCUCUCGUCGUCGGACGAUGAAAGUGACAGCGACUAA